AUGCUUCGUGACGAAUGUGCUAGUUUCCUUGACUCAUGUAAGACAUUGUCUACAGCUAAAGUUGCUCACGCUCGGGUCAAGCCCUUCCUCAAGCCCAGCGAUGUUUUCAUGCACAACAAGCUGAUCAAAAUGUAUGCGGAGUGCAAGGGAGCUGUUGAGGCGCUCCAAAUCUUCAAUGCCAUCCAACACAAGAAUUCCUUCUCUUGGGAGUUCAUGUUGUUGGCAUACACACGCAGCGGCCAUCUAGACCAUGCUAAGAGAUUCUUUGGUGCAAUCCCAGAGCCGAGCUUGAUCGCGUGGAACAUUUUGGUCGUCGCGCUUACCCAAACAGGGAAUUUGCUCGACGCCAAAGCAGUUUUUGACAAAAUGCCCGAGAGGGAUUUGAUCUCGUGGGCGAGCCUAGUUAUUUUACAGGCGAAGCACGGGCUUCUUGAAGAAGCCAGCGAAACGUUUUCCAAGAUGCCAGAAAAGAAUCUGGCAUCUUGGACGGCCGUUCUCUUGGCAUAUGCCCAACAAGGAUAUAUAGAGGAAGCUAGAGCAAUCUUUGACGAUAUUCCCCAGCGUGACCUAGUAACAUGGACUGCCAUUCUAGCUGCAUAUUCUCAAAACAAAGACUUUGAGGAGGCCAAAGAAAUUUUUGAUGAGAUGCCAGAGAGGGAUUUGCCAGCAUGGAACGCCAUGCUAACAGCAUAUGCCCACAACGGGCAUCUGGAAGAUGCAAAAGGGAUAUUUUGUGAGAUGCCACUCAGAAACAUAGUGUCGUGGACUAUGAUGGUCACUGUGCUUGGUCAAAAUGGGGACGUCGACGACGCCAAAUCUACAUUUGAUUCUAUGCCACAAUGGAAUCUCUUUACAUGGAAUGCGCUUCUUACAGCAUAUGCCCAAAACAGUCUUCUCGAAGAUGCCGAGCGAGUGUUUCACGACAUGCCUGUACAGAAUCUGGUAUCUCAAACUUCCAUGGUAUCGGCAUAUGCUGGGAAAGGCGACAUGUCCCAGGCUAGGAAGCAUUUUGACAGCAUGCCGGAAAGGAACCUUCUCUCGUGGAACUCACUUCUUUUCGGAUAUGCCCAGGUAGGGAAUAUUUCUCAUGCUAAGCAAGUGUUCGACCAGAUGCCUCAAAGAGACGUGAUUUCGUGCACGGCUAUGCUUUCCGCAUAUUCGUUAAACAAUGACGUAAAGCUAGCGAAGGAAACCUUUGAGAAAAUGCCCAGAUGGAAUUUAGUGUCCUUGAACAUUAUGCUGUCCGCAUAUACCCAAGCUGGGCAACUGGAAAAUGCCAAGUGCUUGUUUGAUUCUCUCCCCCAAAGAAAUGUGGUAUCCUGGGAUACGAUGCUGGCGGCAUAUUCUCAGGCCGGGUAUCUGGAAGAGGCCCAGAGGGUGUUCGAUUCCAUGCCCCAACACAUCCAGGUCUCUUGGAACACGCUCCUUUCCUCGUUUACUCACUGUGGCCUUCUAGAGCGAGCACUCAUCCUUCUCUAUGAGAUGCCGGAGCGCGAUUCGAUCACUUGGAACACCAUGAUCGUUGCAUUUGCGCUGAGAGGAAAUCUCCCGCGCGCUUGCAAGAUCUUCAAUGGAAUGGAAGAGCAAAGCCUCGCGUCAUGGAGCGCAAUGCUGGUUGGAUACUCGCACAGUGGAAAUCUCUCCCAGGCAAUCGACCUGAGCGACGAGAUGAAGAUCAGGGGCGUACCUUUCGACGAAUCUUGCUUCGUGUCUCUCCUAGUUGCUUGCAGCCGCGCCGGGAAGCCAGAUCUUGGGAAGUCCUACUUCUCAGGCAUGGCGGCGGAUUUCGAUCUCCAGGCCGGGAAGCAACACUACAGCUGCCUGAUCGAUCUGCUGGGCCGAUCGGGACACCUGGAAGAAUCGCUGGAGCUGGUGUCGCGAAUGCCAUUCGUGCCCGAUCUGGUGGAUUGGAGGAGCCUGCUCGCUGCUUGCCGGAGCCAUUGCGAUCGAGCGAGUGGAUCUCGAGUGCUGGAACAAAUGCUGGAAAUUUGCCCUCGCGACUCCUCCGCCUACGUGCUCCUCUCGAACACCAUCAAAGGUGGGAUGGAAUUGGCGCGAGAUUUAAAUUAG